UCUCAGUCCUGGCCGAAAAUCGCAACGAUGUAGACACGGUCGCGUCGCGUCGCACAAACCACACACCACACCACACCACACCACAGAACGGGACCCACCGCAAAACAGCAUAAAAAUCGAGAGAAUCUCUCAAUAACAGUACCCCCAAAACGUGAAUUCCAUUCAGAAAGGUCACCCGCCCCAAAGGGUGGAUGGUUCUUAGCCCUGAAGUAAAGUUCGGAGCUCUGGUUGCAAGUGCCACAAAAUUCCUCAGAGGCUGGGCAAAGAAUUUUUGAGCUGAUUCGGGCAGAAAAUAAAUUCAAUGUCCAACGGCGGCGCUGGCUCAUGCUCUGGUGGUGCUUAAAAAUAGCCACCGACCACCACGAACGACGACAAGACGACAAAAGCGAACAAAAAAUAAACGAAUAAAAGACACAAAAAGUACGAGAGGAGGAGGAGCAGCGGACAGAGGGACGGAUACGGAUUCCGACCGGGGGCCAAGUGAAUAAGUAACCAGCAACAGCUGUCAUUUCACUCUCUCUCUCUCUCACUCGGAGAUCAUGCUAAAUUCCCGCCGCUCGGCCUCGGUGGGCGCUCUGCCCGCCGAGAAGAAGCACUUUGUGUCGCGGGUGGAGAGUGCCAGCGGCGCCUCCCUGGACGUGCGCUGUGCCUGCCAGUACUUUCAGUCCGAGUCCCUGCUGCCGGAGCGCAUAAAUCCCGUGGAUUCGCGGCCAGGCUCACGGCAGGGCCACCACAGCGACCAGGACCAGUUCCUGCACCUGAAUCAGAAUGUAAAUCUGAACACCAGUUUCCCCCGCGACGAUAUGUCCACGCACAGUUUUGAGGUCGUGAGUCAUGCGGAUGUGGCUGCCCCAUCGGUGGAUCUGAGCUUCAUGGAACGUUAUCCGGAGCUGGAGCAGACGGCCCGUUCCCGGGGACUGGUGGUGCGCAGCAUUUCGGAUGCCACCGAACCGGAUCCAGGUGGAACAUCCUUCAUGGCCGCAGGCCGACGACAGCUGUCGAUGGGCGGCCUGUCGUCGGGCAGCGUUGGACGUUUCCCCGACACCGUGUCCAUGCGCAGUGGCACCUCGCUGCGUCGCAUUUCGGCGGGCAACUCCAAAAUGGACCUCUACUGUGCUGACAUUAAUAUACCGAACGCUCCUGGAACCGGACGUCAGGGUGGCCAGCGUUCGGCCAGCGCCAGUCGACGAGCCUCCAAUGCGGAUCUCUUCCAGGCCACCAUUCUGCCGGGAUCGCUGCAGCCGCCCCAACUGAAUCUGAUUGCGGCCACCCCCAGUCCCGGGCUGGCCGAUCAGCAGCCACUGUUUCCCUCGCACCAGGCGUCUCCAGCUCCCUCGCAGCAGGACUUCCGCAAUGCCAGGCCUCCGUUGUCGCCGGAUUACAUGCGUCCAAGCGAUGCCAACAAGGAGAACCAGCUGCCCGGCGACGUGCUGCCCCAGAAUCGACCCAUCGACGUGUCCCGCUUUGGCGGCGAUGCAGUACGUCCCUCGUUCCUCCUGGAAUCGGAUUUCCAGCAGAUAAAGAGUCCCUAUCAGAACACCACGGUCACCACGCCCAUGGAUCCCCUGGCCGAGGCUGUGGCCGAGUUAGAGCAGAUUGCGCAGGAGCACAACAUCGUGCACAUCCGGGACAACAUCCAGACGGAGACGCGGCGACCGCCCUCCAUUGGGGGAGACCUGAGUGCAGCACCCCUGAAGCUGGACGAGCUGACGAAGAUCGAGAUCAUCAGCGACAUGCCAGUGGUGGAUAUCGAUGCGCUGGUGCGCCAUGAGGAACAGAAGGCGGCGGAGCACCGUAGCCGCAGUCCAAGACCCUCGCCCAGGCAGCCCAAGGCGCCGCCAGUGAUGGCCACCCUCAAGCUGCCUUCGAGCCGGCCAUCGAGUCCGUCUCCAGCGGAGCCAUCCCUUCCUUUGCAACCCCUCAAGCGGCAGCACACGCCAGAGAGGCAGCUUUCCCCGGAACGUCCCUCCAAGUGGGCACCCGCUUCUCCCACGCCACAGCAGCAGACGAUCCAGGCAACCACGGCAGCCAUCAACCUGCAGGAUGCCUCUCCCGAGGUCAAGAGCUCCUACACCUCCCGCUUCAAGGCGAUGUUCGCUGCCAAGGAGCCACGUCAGAAGUCCCCGACGCCCCAGCGCUCUCGCACUCCCAGUCCCAAACGGGAGAGGACGCCCUCUCUCUCUCUCUUCUCCCGCGAGAAGUCGCCAUCGCCCGUAAAGAUGCUCUCGGUGUUCUCCAAGGGCAAGCCGCAGGCCAUGUCCAUUGUAACCACCUCGGGUGCCGCGAUGAAGGGCAAAGAGGCGGAGCCGCUGGCUGUGCGUGUCACGGAGACCUUCUCCCUGAAGGUGGACGAAAUGGACCAGUACGGCUCGCGGCCAGCAAAGCCACCGGCUCCUCCGACGCACGCCCAGACCAUGUACAACAGUCGCGAGGACUUUGGGGCGGCAUCCUCGGAGCGGGCUUCGGUGGACAUCAGCGAGGCCUUUGCUCCGGUGGUGGUGUCUGCCCUGCCACGCGGCGGCAGUGGGAGCGUGAGCAUGAGCGGCGGCAGCUUCAUGGCUGGCAAUAGGAAUCUCUACUCCAGCGAGAUCGAGAUGCCGGACACGGCCUCCUGGGGAGCCAGCAGGGAACCCUCGCAGACCGGCGGCAGUCGUCCGCUCAUCUCGGUGCCCAUACAGAUAUCCGACAGCCACGUUUAUCGACCCCUGCGGUCGCCCUCAGAGCAACGGUUUGGGGUGCAGCGCAAGUCCUCGUUCCGGGAGCCUCGCACCCAGUCGCACGACCGCGCCCCCCGCCUUAGCAGCGGCUCCCAGGAGCAGCUGUACGGGGCGGGGCGGGGCAUGACAAAGACGGUUAGUUUCCAUUUUGACGAACGCAAGUCGCGCCUUGCGGAUUUCGCCUCCGCAAGCGAAUCGCCCCUGACCCAAAACCAAAUCGAACACAGAGAGUUCCUCGAACGGACCUACUUCUCUCGUGAUCAUGAAUACGAGCCCGUGGGCGUGUCGCCGGCACACGAAUCCUCGCCAGCGCCAGCGCUAGUGCCAGCGCACGCCCUCUCUGAGCUGCAGGUGCCGAUGGACAUCGACAGCUCGGCAGGAACAACGCCCCGAACCGAAUCUCGCACCGACUACGAAAUACACACCAGCCAGGUGGACUCGAGCGCCCUCGAGGAGCUGCCGCUGCAGCCGGAGAACCGCAAGAAGAGCUUCAUGGCCAGCGCCCAGGACCGCACCAAGAAGAUGCAGGACGGUCUGCGACAGCAGGCGGGAAAGCUGCGCACCAAGCUCCGCAGCAGCCAGCAGGCCAAACCCAAGCCGAUCUCGGGCAGUCCCAAGGCCAAGGCCAAGGAACGCAGGCGCUUCAAGGCGCCCGAAUUCUCCAAAAUGAAGAUGCCCGAGAUCAAGCGACCCGACAUGUCCAAGUUCAGGGACCUCAAGCGACCGGAAUUCACAAAAUUCAACAAACCGGACAUGUCCAAAUUCAAACUGCCGGAGAAGUUCUCCACGCUGAAGCUGCGACGCAGCAAGAGCUUCAAAGAGAACGAGAGCGAGCUCACGUCCGAGGAGCCACAGGCCACCAGUGCAGAGGCAGGAGGAGGGGUCGACGCCCCUGCUCAGCCUGCGCCCAAGAAGAAAUUCGAGUUCAACUUUGGCACCUAUCCACGCGCCUUCCGCAAAAAGAAGCCCACAGAGGAGCCACCACCACCGCCCGCUCUGGAGUCGUCGCUGGGCACAGAGGGUCUGAGCGUGAUCCCCAGCACCGAGACGCAACCGUCGCAGACCUCCACAAGCUCCCCGCAAGGAGAUCGUGGACCUGGUCCGGUGCGAUCCCGCUGGGCGGACAAGUUCUCGGAUGUAAGCUAUAACGACAGCGAGGGAUCGCGGUACAGGCGCUACGGCAGCGAGCUAGAGAGCUUCGACCGCGAGUCCUCACUGGAGCGACGCAUGAAGGAGGAUCUGGAGGGGGCCGAGGACACGGCCAGCGAGGCCCAGCAGCCCCAGACGAUGGGAAUUCUGGGCGUGGUGGCCGACAGCAAACAGUUUGCGGAGUUCGAUGAGGAGAACCGGGCCAUCCACGAGAUCUCCAGCAAGCGGUCGCGCGAGUUCAAGCGGCGCCCGAUGGUGCAUCAGGACUCCGAUUUGCGCUCGGAGGACAGUCGCGAUGCCGAGGGCUGGACCGAGAAGGACAUACAGAAGAAUAAGCUGCUGCGCAAGGCGGAGCUAGAGGCGGAGGCUGGCUACCACAAGUACUACGACAGCCACUCCACGGCCAGUUCAGGCAAGAAGGUGGUAAUGGAGCCCAUCGACGACGACGAGUUCUUCCUGCGCAAGCGCGGCAUCUCCGAGGAUAACAUCCAGCUGCGGCAGUACAUAAGCGCCGCCAUUCGCGAGGGUUACGACACGCCCAAUGCCCUCCAGCAUGUAGGCUACUCCGCAGAUCCUGUCCCCGGCGAGUACGGAGACUUCGAGGCACCGCCGGCAAAGCCCCGGCGCCUGCAUCGCAACUACCGGCCGGACAUUGACGACUCGCAGGAGUUCCAGCGCAGCGACUACGGCGACGAUCUGUCCAUGUCCCAGAAUGGCAGUGACUUCACCCCUAAGAGACCUCUGCGCAAGGCUCGCAGCCGAAGCCGCAGCAAGCUAUCCGUGGACGGGAGCCAGGACAUGCACAUGGCCGAUGGGGGCAGCAGCAUCCAGUACUUUGACGACGAUGAGGAGUACCUCAGGCCACCGAUGCGGGAUCAGCAGAUAACCGAAUUGGAGAAGGAAACAGCGGCAAUGGAGAAGGCAGGACCACAGGCCCUACCGCUGGCGCCGAGGCGCCACAAGAAACGCACACGCGAUGAUGCAUCCGUUGAGAAGGAUGCGGACUCGUUCUUUAAUGGCUUUGGUGGUAGAUCAGUAUCGAAUACCUUUUUGCAGCCACACGAAGAUGUAAUUGUUUAUCGCACUGAGCACGAAUAUCGUCACAUACCGCUAGCCACGCCCGACAACUUCACGGAUGGAGCGUCCGUGCGUACACCCCGCUCCGAGGACGACAGGACAUCGCGCGGUGCGGACUCCCUGGUCCUGGACAUGAAGACAAAGCCCGAAAUGGGGGAGGACAACGAGGAAGGAGUAUCCAGAACCAAGAGCGACGAGAGGUUCGUCAUCGACAUGUUGGAGAGCGACGGCUAUGCGGUGGUGCGCAAGGAGCCCCUGCCCAAGCCCACGCCCCCAGCGCGCAGGAAGAAGUUCACCAGAUCGCCCGGCGAGCGAUUCGCGACGCUACCCAGCAUCCGCGGCUCACGCGGAUCCCCACCACCGGCCCGGCCACCGCCGCCACAGCAGUAUAUACCCAUGGAGGACUCGCCGCUGGUGCCACGCCGCAGAUCGGCGGCCAGUCUGGACGAGAUCCCCCAGAUGAUGAUCAAGUCGAACUACGAGACCCAGCCGCAGAAGCAGCAGCAGCCCGAGAAGCAACAGGCACAGCAGCAGCAGGAGGAGGAUGACUACGAGGAGCCUGGAACCCUAGAGCGUCCCGAAUCCCCACGCUCCAAUCUCCAGUCUGGCGAGGUCAUCAACAAAAUGAAGUUCCGACCACUGCCGGCGCCACCGCGUCCACCGCGCGAGAAGCGCUCCACGCGUGCUGGCAGCAAUGCCCUCGACAGCUACGAGGACAGCGAACAGGUGGCCAGCUCCAGCCAAGCGGACAGCUACGACCAGGGGGAGUUCGAGGUGGAGGUGUCCACACAGACGGACCCGCUGCCCGACGACUUUGUGUGCGAGGAGUUCGAGAUCACCGAGGACAUGAAGAUCAUUGAGCCUCGACGAGCCAACGCCAAGGGAUCCGACGGAUCGGCCAGCAAGACCCUCGAGGAUCUGCUGCGUAGCGUCGAGACGCAGGAGCCCCAGGACGAGGUGGACGGCGUGCGUGUGCUAACAGAGGACGAGCAGUUGGCCAAGGGCCUGCAGCGCUUCAGGGAUGCCAAUCAACGGAGCAUGUCGGAGCGCUCGCGGGCCUCCUCUCAGGCGGACCGUUCCAAGUCUCUGAGUCGUCCCCAGACGCCGUCCUCGGCGGUGGUUAUCGAGCGACGCGUCCCCACGCCCAGUCUGGUGGCUGGCGAGGAGCAGGAUGCCACUGUUCAAGCCUCGCUGAUAGUGCGACCCAUCAGUGCCGCCGAUCUGGCGGAUGACGAGCUUCGGCGCGAGGAGGAGGAGCUGCGACGGGAGGGUCUGCUCUCGGACAGCUCGGUACAGAGCAAAUCCGAUGUGGAGGAAGAGGAGCACGGAGAGGUGGCCUUGAGCGACUAUGCGGCCAGUUCAGCGGAUCUGGAUGCGGCGGUGGAGCAGCUGCAGCAGGCCCAGCUGGAAAGCGACUACGAGAGCCGGCUGGAGGACGACGAGGUAGAGCGUACCCUGAGGGACAGCGAGUACGAGGAGGAGGAGGAUGCCGGAGAGAAGUACUCGGAUCAGUAUGACGAGGAGGAAGAGGAAGAUGAAGAAGCACGGCUGGUGAGGGAGCUCAGGGAGCAGGAACUGGACGAGGCCCUCGAAAAGGAGCUGCAGGAGGCCAUGGAAAAGGAGCUGUCCGACUACAGGCAAAAGGAGAAGGGCACGCUGUCGGAGGAAGAGGAACACGCUGCCUCCGAGAUCGAGUACCGACACUCUGAAGAUGAGGAGAAACCACAAUCUGAGACAGAAACCAUUGCCGUGGAGAUACCCAUCCGGAAGACCACCGCCAGCGAACCCACCGAGGCCGAAGUUACGCCCAAAUUUGUGGCCACUCUGCCCACCGAACCCGCCUACGGCCACGACGAACUGGAUGUCGAGGAGCCGGAAGAUAUGCCCCUGCCACCGCCACGUCGCAAGUCAACCACAGCCCUCGAGCCCCCCACCGUAGCAGCAGCAGCCACCACUCUGACGAUUGCCGAGCAAUCAGCCCGCGAGCUCACGCCAAUCCAGUCCCUGCAAUCCCCGCCAGAGCCGCAGCUUCCCACUCGCCUGGCCGAGCUGGAGGUGGAGCGACUACGUGUCCAUGCCCUGCAAGCGGGGCAGAUCCAAGUCUCGCAGCUGCACGGCAGCCACAUCAAAGCAGACGAUCUGGAGUGCAAGUCCGGGCAACUAGUGGUCCAAAACAUUGAACUACCGCCGGGCUUCAUCGACGACAUAGUGGAGCGCGUGCGGGAGCAGCGACCCUCGCUACUUACCACCGAGACGCAGACUAGCCGCCAGGCCAGCAGCGAGCCGGCCACCUCGGAUGUGGAACAGCCCGUGAAGCCGCCGCGCCAGAGCAAGGCCACCGAGCAGUCGCCUCCGAAUUUAGACGAACAGACCCAGACAGAAGCCGGGUUGAUGCCACUGCCACCGCCACCAGCGGCAUAUCCCAGUGUGGAGUACUUGCAGUCCCUGGCACCGUUGGCCUUCUAUAAUCUCCAGCGCAGCGCUGAGGCCGAGCAGGCCGAGGCUGCAGCGCCAGAGCGCAAGGCGCCGCACAAGUGCCGACGUCGCCAUGUCCAAGAGCAGGCCGAUGCCGAGUCGGGCUCUGAGCUGGAAGAUCAGCUGGUGGAAAGACCACGCUCACGCUCCUCGCGCCGCUCGCGCACCAGAAGCGCCACUCAGCCAGUAGAGGAGUACGACGAGGAUCAGCCCCGGACAGUGGUGCAGGCCGGAAGGCAGUUCCUAUCCGCCUGCAGCCUGGAGCUGGUGAACAUCAUCAACCAGCUGACCCACUACGUGCGCGGAGAGGCCAUGGAGCCGCAGCAGCAGCAACAGUCGAGGAACAUAUCCGCCCUCAUGGUGCUCUUCAUUCUGAUCACGUUCGGAGUGCUCGUCUUUCUGCUGACCGGUCGACAGGUGCACACACAUCACUGGGACUACUUCAAUCCACCCGGGAACGAGGGCAGGCAGACGUGAGAGCAGUGGAGAUCGAUAUCCCAUUAACCGUGGGCUUGUCACGAACACUAUCCUUGGGGGGAGUGGGGCGGGUUUGCAUUUUGCAUUUUGGAGCAGAGAAUUUUUGCUAAAUGGGUGAAAACAAACGAAUUUAAACGCGGCCAAGAGCCCGCUCGAAACUAGAAGGCCUUAAUGAUAUACAUACUAACAAAAAGAGAACUAGCAACUACUUUAGGAGAGGUGCGAUGAUGGCGAGGGGCGUUGCCCCCGUGCUACUACUAGUCACAGAACAAUCGAAACCCGGAAUCCCAGUUCAACAGACACUGACGGCACAUGCCCGUGCUACACCAUAAACCAUGAAUCUUGUACUAACUAUAAAGAGAACUACUAUCUAUAAAGGGAAUAAUUUUUCAUCAUUGUCUACCAGUGCAGCAGAACAGAACAACAGAACAACAAGAACCAGAACCAGAACCAGCAGAAGCAACGAUUAUGUAUUAAUUAUGUACUUAACACACAUGCUAUGUAUGUACAUAGACUAUUUUUUUUGGUGGCUGCCUUAUGAUAUGGUGGGGCGGCGGCAGCAGCCCUAAACGCAAGGAAAUAAUUGGAAGAGAACUAAUCUAAUAACAAUGUUUUUUUUUUUCUACCAGCGGCAGGGCGAUGGAGCGAAAGAGAUUCAAUUGUUGGAUUCAAAUUGUUGUUUAAUCUAGACCAAAGUGUAGGAAUUAAUAUAUAUAAAACAAAAAAAAAUUAUUUUUUUCAUUGAAUAUCACUUAAAAGUUAUAAUUUGAAAUGCGAAUACUUUGCCGAGGAGGAGAGCAGAGAAGAGGAGAGAACGUAUAUACUUAAAUAUAUAGAAGCGUAUUUUCAAUAAAGCAAAAUGAUAUACACAUAA